AUGAUGGGCCUUGAUGGAUCAGGACAAGUUAUAACUAUUACAGAUUCCGGAGUUGAUAUUUAUCAUCCGUUUUUUUAUGAUCCAAAUAUCUCAGUUCCGAUAAAUACGUCAAUUCUAAGGCAUAGGAAGAUUGUUCGCUUUGAUUCAUUGCAUAAUUUAACAGAUUUCAAGCGCGGACAUGGAACUCACAUGGCAGCAACAAUUGCUGGGAGUUCUAACAGUCCAGACUGCUCAAUUGAUUCUUUUAGUGGCCUUGCUCCAGGCUCGAAGCUUUACGUUGUCGGAUUAAGCGAUAAAGACGGAAAUAUUUCAUUUGAUGGAUAUGAUAUGAACAAAGUCUAUCAAAACGCCAAGAAAUUGCACAGUUACAUUGGAGCUAACUCAUGGGGUAUGACAGAUUACCAAUCUCUUGUAACUGAAGCUUAUGAUUUGAUGGCUUAUAAUAAUCCAGAUUUUUUGACCAUUUUUUCUGUUGGAAACAGCAAUUGCUAUAAUUGUUUAUCAUCUCCCUCGGAUGCUAAGAACAUUUUGUCCGUUGGAGCAACUACUAUGCCAUCAACUGCUCAAAUUGAGCAAUAUUUGAAGCGUGUUUAUACAUUUGUUUCAAGGUCAUUGGAUAUUACAUUAAAAUUUUAUCAAUGGAGCGCUGACCCUUGGAAAUUGCUUUUAGAAUCACCCCCUGUGAAAAUAGUUAACUCCCCCUUAUUUAUGCAGGAUAACCCAAAUUUACAAAAAAUAAAGAGUAAUGAGAGCAAAAUUAUUAUACUAAAAGAACCAAUAACAUGUGAAAGCUUUACUCGUAAUGCAACUGCGUAUUUGAUCCCAGUCGAUCAAAAAUUAUUUUGCAAAAACAUUCCUGUUCCUGUUUUUGGAUAUUCAAUGAACGAAGAAAAUGAUAUUCUUAGCAUGAAAAGAGUUUCUCUCCGUAUCAAUGUCAUUCCUUCAAAGAAAAAUAUCAAACCUUUAUCUUCCAAUUCAAAUGGACCAACCGUAACUGGAAUAUUCAAACCAGAAUUGCUUGCGCCCGGUGAAGGUGUUAUCAGCGCAGCAGCUGGAGAUCCUUUUGAUAAAACUAUUAGGAAAUGCAACGCUUCCUCUUUAAUUAAGAAGAGCGGAACAAGUCCAGCAGCUGCCUCUAUUGCUGGAGCUGCAGCUAUUAUCAGACAAUACUUUUCAGAUGGUUGGUAUCCUUUCAGAGGAAAAGAAUUAAUCGAAGGCUUUGAUCCUACAGCGAGUUUGGUCAAAGCAGUUUUAAUUGCAUCGGCAACGCCAAUCGGAACAAGCCUUGGUGGCCCAACAUUAGAAGGAGGAUUCGGAAUUCCAAAUAUAAAAGAAAUUCUCGGUAUCGAUGUAGAAAAUCUUGAUCAGACAAAGAAAAAAGAAGGUUUCCGAGUAUUCGAUCACUAUUUAAUUGAUUCCAAAUCACAACAUUAUAUGAAUAUAGAAAUACAAUAUCCUGGGCAGCCACUUAUCAUCGUUAUGAGUUAUUUAGAUGCCGUUAUUGACUCUUCCUUACGAAAACCUUUAGUUGUAGACUUAGAUUUGAUAUUAGUUGAUCCUCUCAAUAGAACAUAUUUUGGAAACCAGAAUCCAACAGGCCCUGAUGCAUUUACGACCUCAGAGAGGAUAAUUAUUGAAGACGCUCCAGUUGGAAAUUAUUCAUUAUUAAUUCGAUCGAGUAAGUACCCAUUUAACCAUUCUGUUCAGUACUCCCUCGUCAUAAAAGGCGGAUUCAACAACACCGAUUUCGAAAAGAACCCGAUUUCCAACUCAAUUUUUCUUUCUCAAGAUAAUUACUUCGAUUGCACAGAUGGAAGCAAAGGAAAUUGCAACUGCAAUAGUCAUACAACCGGAUAUAUCUGUGAAUACAACGUUACUGAUGUUAACGGAACUGUCAAUCUGACAUUUCAGCCCAAAGAGAUAAAAUUCUUCAAAACUAAUCCAAUGGCCAAGAGUUACAUUUAUAUAAAUGCUACAAAUCUUAACGCAUCUAUUCAUUAUUGCGUUUCCAAGAAGAAAUUUAGAAGAAUUGCCGAUUCAGGUGUAACUUGUAAUUAUACUGAAGGUGAAUUACUGAAUUUCUUCUCAUCAAGACGCGAAUUGUACUUCGCUUUAUAUGCUGUUACAAGCAAACCAAUUGAAACUAAAAUUGAUUUCGGAAUUUUACAAACCCCUACUGUAGAAACUCCGAAAACGCCUUCCCCUACAUUUAGUAUCGUCAAUAUAGGUAGAAUUUCGCCAUUUGAGUUAAUGGCAGACGUUGUUUGCGUAAUCAUGCUGAUUAUUGUCAUAAUGAGAUGUCUAAAGAAGCCACCACCAAAUAGAUCUCAGAAGGGAAGAAAAUAUGGCCUUGUUGUACCUAUAAAAACUAGUGGAAGAGCUCUAGAAACAGAUGAUCAAACUUUGAUCGUUGAUAAGAAUCCUUUUUAUGCGGAACAAGCUGCAUAUCAAAAUAGAGAUAUGCAGAAUGUUGAAAUUCAAUCAUUAUAA